GGGCCAGACCUCGUGUUCCCCACAGUCUGUGCUGGACGGGACGAUGACCAGGGCACAAUACGAGAAGACCUCAUGCAUGGUCCAUCGGCAGGCUGCCUUAAGGAACGGUCGCCCCGGCCUGACCUUCAAAGGUUUGCCAUGCUCCCAGUUUCUUAUCUCGACGUCGAGCUUUGCUUUGCUUUUAGACACUGCAAAGCCGCACCUUUGUUGUCCGCGAUCACCGCCAGCAUCUCGCCACCAUGUCUCAGCCAGCCAUGAUGCAGCCCAUCGAGGAGGAAGCCCAGCCUGCCCAGCACAGGGACGACUUUCGUGACGAUGCCGCCGAAGAGAACCAGCCGUACCCUGGAUUGUUCUCCCAGGACACCAUGCCUGCCAUUAUCGAAUCAUUGGUGAUCGACGAUGUCGUUUCUGACGACGGAAAACAAACAAGCCCAGACCAAACGGGAGCAGCAAACGAAUAUCGAGGCCAUCGACGACAGCAAUCCUCCGCGAGCAGCCAGAGCAAGAUUAUGACGGCCCAGGAAUUUGAGAUGUACCGACGGGCGAAGAUGAUGCACCAGCACGAACUGGACGACGAAAGCGAUUACUCGCAAGACGAUAACGAACUUGACGACGUGGACGAAAGGAAAACGAAACAAGAGGCGUUCCAACACAGGGAUCGCCAACAAGCGUACAUCGCUGAGCAGCGGUACAACAGGCGAAAAGUAUCAGGGGGUGGAGGUGUCGGGCAGCCAGACACGGGGGCUCGCCCCGAGUCACCGGCCGUCGCAGAUGCAUCGGUCGAGACAUGGCUGUCGGCGUGUUCCAAGCGGCAGUCGAGCAGCAGCGACAAGACGCUUGCCGACCAGGUCCAUGCUGCGGCAGCGGAUCAAGAUGAUGAGGAUGUCCCCGUCGCCUUGCUCCUAAAAGCAAGAGGCGCCAAGAAAAACGAGGGACACGAAAAGGAAAGGAGCCCGCAGAAUACGCUUCGUCCCCCGAGGCCACACACUCGAACAUCGAGCCGACAACUCGCCACGCCCUCGCCGCCGCAACCGCGAGCUCCCACGCGGUCUGUCACGCCAUCCCCAGGGCUCGCCGCGACGGGCCAUCACUACGGCCACACGAUGCACAUGAACAACUCGUCGCAAAUCUCCUUGCAACGACCUUCCAUGCCGAGGCCGCACACAUCCGGCGGGCUGGUCAGUCGGAUCGAAACCCUCGAGAGCCCAAGUCCCUGGAACAAGCGCCGUACUGAACCAGACCCCUGGCUGAGCGCUCCUUUGAACCCACGCCGGUUCUAUGGUAGGGAGACGACUCCGCCGCCGCAGCAGUACCCCAUGAUGAUGGGGAAUCAAUUCUUCCCGAUGCAAGUCGCGCAGCCGCAGUAUCCUGUUAUGAUGGGUGGACAAUUUCCUCCGCCCCAGAUGCAGCAGCAGCAGCAGCAGCAGUAUCCGAUGAUGAUGAUGGGUGGACAGUUCAUGGCGCCACAAUAUCAGCAGCGACCACUUUAUUAGACACCAUGGCCUGGUCAAGUAGAAACUUUGUAAUCUCUAGCGUCUACGCAAUCUAAUCUUCAUUUCGGCUG